AUGGAAGUAGUUCCUGAAGCACCAGUACCCAAUAAUAGCAAAUCCUUCGUGAACGCAUUUUUUGAAAAAUACAAGGAUAGUUUUUUAGCUAAUGUUAAGAGGGAGUUUCUCAUUAUUGGUACAAGUUUUAUAGCGCUCUUUUUGGCUAGCUACAUUUUCCUGACGUACAUCAAUUCGCCGGCGAAAAAAAAAUUAAAGGAGGUAGAUAAGACCUCAAAAGAGGUGAUUAGCAAAGAAAAGGAAGAUGAAAAUAUCAAAACGGAUGAGUGGAAAGCAAAAGAGUGGAAAAAAUGGAUGACACAGUUAGACAGUGAUGCAGAAAUAUUCACAACCUCUUUAAACCACAAAAAAGAUCAAUGGAUAGCUCAAAGAGAACUAGAAUGGGGAAAUUGGAUUAAAUCCAUGGAAGAAAAAUGGAAUUAUUAUAAUGAAAGAAUGGGUUCAGAAUACUACUCCUUUGUUUUUAAAAACACUCCAGCAUGGACAGAUGAAGAGUGGGAAAAUUGGAUAAAGACUGAAGCAAAGGAAUUGAUGGAAAUAGAUUGGAGUAACUGGAUCUCAGAAAGUGAAUCCUAUGUAGAUGUCAUGUUGGUGAAGGAGUGGAUCCAAUGGAAAAAUAACAAAAUUAUGGAAUGGAUUACGAAGGACUGGAAAUGCAAAGAAGAAGAACAAUGGGAUGAAUGGGAAAAAAACAAAUGGCCCAAGUGGUUGUCUAUAAAUGAAAGAAAAAAAUGGACCAAGUGGAAAGACCGACUAAGCAAAGAAACGGAAGAAUGGAUCGCCUGGGUGGAAAACAAAGAAAAACAAUACCUUGAUAAUGAAGACCAAAAAUUAUCUGAAUGGAAAAAGAACACUUACACUUUGUUUAACAAGUGGAGGGACUCCUACAUCAAUAAGUUUAUUAAGGAAAAGCAGUGGAAGAAUUACUUCAGAAAAGCCAGUAGUAUAGAGACUCCAGCAUCUAUGUUCAUCAGUAAUUAG